AGAGUGGGAAGAGAGAGUCAGCGGAUGCCCCGGCUCCUGCGUCUACUACGCGUCAACCCGCCUUGCCACUGUCAGUCCGAAUUGUGUGGCGCGGAUCUGAUUUGUCGGUGGCUGGAGUGUUAAGCAGCCUCAGCAGCCAAUAGCUACCUGGUUGGUGGAGAAUGGAAGAGAACCAAAUGAAGAAAGUAUUAGUGAACAAAGGAAAUGAGAACAGAGAGAAAAUUGACUUUGAUGGGGAAGAGAACAACUCAUCAAACAGGAAGAUAUACCUAGAUUACAAUGCAACCACCCCUCUGGCUCCAGAGGUGAUUGAGACAGUUACAGAAGCCAUGCAUGAAGCAUGGGGCAAUCCGAGCAGCUCUUACACAGAAGGUCGAAGGGCUAAAAAUAUUAUAGAUGGAGCCCGUGAAAGUCUGGCUAGAAUGGUAGGGGGACGACCCCAGGACAUCGUCUUCACUUCUGGUGGGACAGAGGCAAACAAUUUAGUGAUCCACACUGUAGUGAAGCAUUUUAAGGAAAGCAACAAGCAAAGUUCUGAUGGACCAAGAGAGGAUAAACAAAAGACUCUGGGGAUGUGCCCACAUUUAAUUACAUCUUGCAUUGAGCAUGACUCGGUCCGUCUCCCUGUGGAACACCUAGUGAAAGAGCAUGAGGCUGAAGCCACUUUUGUACCCGUGUCCAAAGUGACAGGACAGGUGGAAGUAGAUGAAGUUGUUGCAGCAAUCCGUCCAACUACAUGUCUAGUUUCCAUUAUGCUGGCCAAUAAUGAAACUGGGGUUAUCAUGCCUGUCUCCGAACUCAGCCAACGGAUUCAAGCUCUCAAUCGGAAGAGAACGGCAUCUGGUCUGCCACGGAUCUUGGUACACACAGAUGCAGCACAGAUGAUUGGGAAAGGUCAAGUGGACGUGCAGGAUCUGGGAGUGGAUUACCUCACUAUUGUGGGGCACAAGUUCUAUGCCCCGCGUAUUGGAGCACUGUAUGUGCGAGGCCCUGGUGUCACCACUCCUCUCCAUCCCAUGCUGUUUGGAGGUGGGCAGGAACGGAACUUCCGCCCUGGGACUGAGAAUACACCAAUGAUUGCUGGCCUUGGCAAGGCAGCAGACUUGGUGAGCAGGCACUGUGAGGUUUAUGAAGCUCACAUGAGGAAGGUCCGGGAUUACCUGGAAGAGAGACUUGAAGCCGCGUUUGAAGAGCAAGGAGUUUAUUUUAACUGCAGGCUGAAAGGCUCAAGGAGACUGUGCAACACCUGUAACUUUUCUGUCAUGGGCUCAGGACUAAAAGGUCGGCUGGUGCUAUCUCACUGUAGGACUUUGCUUGCCAGUGUUGGUGCUGCAUGCCACUCCGAGAAGGGUGACCGGCCAUCCUCUAUCCUGCUUAGCUGCGGAAUUCCUUAUGACGUGGCACAGAACGCCUUGCGUCUCAGUGUGGGUCGUGCUACCAGCAAGGAGGAUGUGGACCUGAUUGUGGAAGAUCUGAAGCAGGCUGUGGCUCAGCUACAAUAGGCCAGAUUUUCAGUCACCUAGUGAGACAGUUUUGCCCUCUAAAACCAGGAAGUGAGCUUACCUGACCCUAAUUUUCCAUUUCUCUAGGUGCUAUUACAUUUAACAGAAUGAGGCUAGAUAACAUUCUAGUCAGCUUCUGGCCUCUGAAUUCUUGUUGAAUAAUCUCUAGUGAUUCCCCAGCCCUUGAAUACAUCAGGCCAGAAAUCAGUGCUCCCUGAAUGUAGUCACUAUGCUGAGCAGGCUCUGCCAGCAGUUUUUACUCAUUGAAGUGGGUAAACAUUUCUAGUUGGAUGUUUAGAUCUAUGAUUGAGGUUUUUGUGUGGGUUCAGGAAACAAGCCUAAAUAUUAUGGUUUGAAUGGACAGGUGAAUCCCAAAAUAUUGAAAAAUUGGGAGCUUGCCUUGGUACCUGGAAACAGCCACUCUUUUGAUGCCACCCUUCUGGGGUAUUCCUUACUGGGAAUGAAAAGCAAUUGCCCUCCAUAUAGGCACUGAAGGAAUAUGAAUAUUUCUUCUUGCUGCAGCAGCAGGUUGUAGCUGCUAUAGUAUUGCACUGUGUUUAGCAUUGAGAUGUGCAGUGGGACUAAAAUAUGCAUUCUUCUAGAGCUGAAGAGAGAGAGAAAGAAAGAGAGAAACCUUCAUUUCACAUUGUUGUGUUUUGUGUUAUGAAGGCUGCAUAGAACCUCUCUAACCUAGGGCUUCUCCACACUUCCAUUGUCCUGCUGCUUUUUCUAGAGAAAACUGCUCUUUAGUGCUCAAUCAGAGCAAAUGGCAAUUUGGGUUUUUUCCGGAUUGCUAUUUGUUCUGAUUUGUUGCUAAAGAGUGAGUUUUCCCUUGCAAAGGAGUGGGUCAAGCAGAAAACCAC